AUGGACUUUCCAAAGCUAUUCGAAACGACCCAGUCGAAAUUUAUACUUUUCAUCGCUUCUCUCGUCCUUUCUCUUGCCCUCAAACCAUCUCCCAUCCGCUCUGUCACAUUUUCCAUCGUCUGCGCCGUCUACUUAUCUAUCGUCCUUGUUCCCUCUCCAACCCCGCUUACCGCCACGACUGAAUUUCAAUUGGGCUUCAUCGGUGCGCAAUACCUCAGCCGGGCCUGCUACCUCGUCUUCUUCACCAAGAAUCCUUUGCAAGAGCUCCAACAGAAGGGACAGAACAUACCAGCAGCGGGUUUAGACAUCGUUUCAAGAUUGCGAUGGAGCCUCAACCUUAUCCUUAACACUCGUGGCGCCAACUGGUCCUGCGAAGUUCGGGGACUCCGCCGCUCCAGCAUCCACACACGUUGGGCCUUCGUCUGGUCCCAACUCAAGUGGGCUGCCACCUUUUUCCUGCUCCGCGAUGCACUGGAGUUUGCGGUUCGGCACAAUAAUGCUGUUGGUGCAUUGCACGAGCAAGGGAUUUUAGAUGCGCAAUGGGUCCUCUGGCGUACGUUCAAUGGGGUCUUAUUUUUCUUCUCCCUGUAUGCCUUGAUGCAAUCCACCCAUGUGUUGGGUGCUGCUAUCUUCGUUUCUCUGGGGAUCUCAGAGCCAAGUGAUUGGCCGUGGUGGUUCGGGCCGUUGGAUGAGACAGUAACAGUCCGGAAGUUCUGGGGGCAAACUUGGCAUCAAGCCAUCCGUAUGGGAGUGGCCACACAUGCUCAAUACUUUACAAACACGAUUCUAGGAUUUCCCAAGGGGACUUCUCGAUCAUCAUACACCCAACUUUACAUUGCCUUCUUCAUCUCUGGUCUCUUCCAUGCCUUGGCCGACUUCACCGUCACUCAUGACAUCAAGCCUUUCAUCGAUAACAUGAUCUGUUUCCUCACUCAAGCCGUCGCUAUCACAUUUGAAGAUGCCAUCAUCGCCAUCUUCAAGAGAUUCGGUGUCCAUCGGGUGCCUCGAGUCAUCGGCUGGCAUAGCACCAUUUGGGCCGGAAUUCUCCUUAACAGGAAAAUUGCUUGA